AUGCCGACCGCUACGAAUCUACCUUCGCGAUCGCCCUCGCCGGCCCUUGCACCACCUAUCGCUGAAACUCCUGGUCCACGCGCCCAGGGUCUGAUCAAUGUCUUCAACCAAGCUUCCAAAGCCACGCUCGACAAGUGCUCGUCAAAGAACUUCGCGUCUUGCUUCCCUACCGCUGCGCAAUAUGCGCCUGAGACCCUCGAAGGGUUGCGCAGUCAGAUUGUUGAUCAGCUUGACCGUACAUGGAAGGUCAACUUCGAAGAGAUCCUGAAGAAGAGGAAUGUUGUCAAGCUGGUCAAUGAGCUGGAGCAGUGCAUUGAAGAUGCGAAGCUGAGAAAAAAGCGCGCUGAAGCUAGCGCAAAUGGAGGGCCUGUAGAAAUCCCUGUGCCGCCGCAUACACUCACGCCGUCUGAGAUUCACCUAGCGCAUCUAAUGCCAUUCCUCGAGAAGCAGGCGACAGACAUGAAUACCAAGCUCGUCGAGACGCAGACAGCGAAUACGGAGCUGCUGGCAACGGUGACCGCACAGCGCGCAGAGAUUGAGGCUCUUGUUAGAGGCCUAGAAAGCGUUGUAAACGACCUGGAAGUCAGUGCGCAGAUGAUGGCGCAAGAUGACGUUCAGGACUUGAGCACCGAGAUUAGGGAUGUCGAGAUGGGCAUGAGGACCUGA